UAAUUGCAUUUGUUUGGAAACUCACUACUUGGAAACAAAACCCCAGGAGUUUCGUCUUCAACAGGGAUUCAAGAUUAUAACAAAGAAGAAAAUGCCACUGUUUUUCAUAUUGCUGCUGUGUUUGCUCAGCGUCUCCGUAGCCAAAGAAGAAAAAGAGUGCGACAUUUGGCCUAAAGGGAAUUCAACAGCUGUCGAAAUAAUUAACCAAGGCUGCACUAGUGUUGUAUCGACGUCAUGUAACAACGCAACAGACCAUGUAACUAGCGUGCGUCUUUCCAAUAACAAAAUCGAAGGCUUAAAUGCAACCAUGUUUGCUUGUUUUGAGAACCUCAAAGAACUAGUUCUCGACGGAAACCUCAUCUCUGACAUUCCUCCAGGAGCAUUUUCUGGUAAUGCCGCUUUAGAAGACUUGUAA